UGUCACGUGGUGAGCUCUGUUUUCUUAUCACGUGGCCGCCCCCCAGGUAAGAAGAGGCCGUUCUUGGAGAGUUUGGGGUCCCUUCUCGGUGGAACGUGUGGCCUCGGCUAUCAGCCCUCCUGGCCCAGCUUAGGCUGCAUGAGGUGGGGGCGGGCUCCCGCGUUCCUGCUCGGCGGAGGGGCCGCUCUGCUCCUGUCCGUUCUUUGGAUGCCCGCGCUGCUUCCAGUAGCUUCCCGCCUUCUGUUGCUACCCCGAGCUCUGCUGUCCAUGGCCUCUGGAAGCAACCCGUCGCAGCCCUCACCGGCUUCGGGCUCCGGCUACGUCCAGGGUUCGGUCUCUGCAGCCUUUGUCACUUGCCCCAACGAAAAGGUCGCCAAGGAGAUCGCCAGAGCUGUGGUGGAGAAGCGCCUAGCAGCUUGCGUCAACCUCAUCCCCCAGAUUACAUCCAUUUACGAGUGGAAAGGAAAGAUCGAGGAAGACAGUGAAGUGCUGAUGAUGAUUAAAACCCGAAGUUCCUUGGUCCCAGCUUUGACAGAUUUUGUUCGUUCUGUGCACCCUUAUGAAGUGGCCGAAGUGAUCGCAUUACCAGUGGCACAAGGGAAUGCCCCGUACCUGCACUGGGUGCACCAGGUCACAGAGUCGGUUUCUGACUCCAGCACCGUCUUACCAUGAGGCCCUGUUCCUCCCACAAUCCCCCGAAAGACGUCAAUGCCUUCUGACCGCCAGGUGAUGACUGGGCCCCCAAUAAAUCCUCCCUUUGGUUCUCUC